AUGGGUGACAAUAUUGAUGAUUUUGAUCUUCCAAAGAUAAAUCAAAAUGUCAAUUUAGAAUUUGUAGUUUUUCGUGACGUAGAAGAAGAAUUCUCUAUGGUUUUUGAACCUGAACAUUUACAAGCCCGAGAUUUUCUCAAUCCUGAACAGAAAUUUAUGUAUGAUGAGGUAAUGUGGCAUAUCCAUAAUGAUAUUCCAGGAGUUUCCUUCAUAGACGGUCCCGGUGGAACAGGAAAAAUAUUUUUAUACAAAGCUUUACUUGCUAAUAUUUGUUCAUUUGGUCAUACUGCCCUCGUGAACGCUUCAUCAGGUGUUGCGGCUAAUAAUAUGCCAGGAGGGAGAAUAACUAACUCUCGCUUUAAAAUUCCCUUGAAUCUUGAAAAUAACUCGGUCUGCAAGAUUUCAAGACAAAGUGAUACUGCUCAACUACUUCAGGCUGCAAAAGUAAUCAUUUGGGACACAGCGUCGAUGGCUAAAAGACAUGAAUUGGAGGUGAUUUCAGACAAGUGUUUCCGGUCGUUAGACGUGGAACACAAGCAUAGACUGUGGAUUCUAACAUCAAAUGUCGCCUCUUUGGUCUUAUAUUAUCAAGUUGUGAUUUACUAUAAAUAUGAGAGCAUCAACCGAUCCAUGGUUCUCAGACUUUCUAUUACGUGUCGGUGA